AUGGCGAGCUGCGCCAGCCAUGUCCAUGUCCUGUGCCGAUGUCGUCACUCAUCCUGGGGGAUAAAAUGGAAUCAUGACUUGCCCCUCUGCUCUGCCCUCUCGGCUUCCGGCGUCCUCACAGUCGCCCAGUCUCGACCCGCGGCUGCCUUCCUGCAGACGGGUGAAAUGUACCUCCUCUUCCUUAUAGUAUUGAUGCUUCUGGGAAACGUUCCAUUCAUCAUCACUUCCUUCAUGGAAGCCAUCGGCAUCAUGCUGUCCUGUUUUUCCUCCUGUGCUCCUUGGCUGCGACGGAGUCUAGCCAUUGUUCAUGAGCCGACAGCGACGGUUCCCAAGGUGGGCGGAACCGCCGCUCUCUCCAGCCUCCCGGACCCGGUGCUGUCGAGGAUAAAGCGCAUCAAGCCCCUAUCCUCGCGCCUGGCGGAGAACCGGCCGCCAGAUUUGGACCUCUCCCUGGCAUCCAACAUGGAUGCCAUCCAGCCUUGGAUGCACGAUGCGGAGAGCGAGGAACAGGACGAAUCUGUCGACGCCCAUCAAGCAUUCGACGACUCUGGAGACGAGCUGAUGCCCAUGUACCGCUUCAGCUGUCCCCUCGUUCGCAUCGAUUUUGACCCGUUCGCUCCAAGAUCGAACCAGAGCGCCCCGGAGCAUCCUUUCCGUCUGGAUGGCGACGCCGACACCGCAACGCAGGAAUUCAUGCACUGGCCCGCCGACGCGACCGACAACUCUGGAAACAGCUCUCGGCAUCCAUCUCCACAUGCCCAUCCAAAGACUCGACCGUUUGCUGAUGGCACCGAGGGACAGGUACACGGUGGAGCGACCCAGCCGUACUUUUGGCCUUGGAGCCGGUGCCUGGAACGGUUGGGAGGGGACGAAGAUGAGGCUUGGAGCAUUCCCACGUACCAUGCGGCAUCGGACUUGGCGGGCGCAACGGAGGCAGAAUCUCCAUGCUCGUGCACGUAA